UGUUAACUUGAAAUCGAGCAUUACAGAUCUCAAACGAUUAAGCAAUUAUAGAGUUUUAAACCAGUAGCUAGAUUGAAUCAUCAGAUUGUGAAGAAACACCCGGAUUAAAACUGGAAGGUUGAGUUAAGCUGAGCGCGUAACAACAUGUGCGCGACUGCGCAAUGGAGAGCUGCCUUUUCCAACAGGUGUCUGAGAAAUGUUCUUCUCUCACAGCAUUUUCACGCAAUUUCAACCCGUGCGUCGGAUCAAUAAUGGAAAUACUUCGGCUUUUCUCAACAUGUCGUAGAUCUUAAAAUAAGACGAAAACACCAUCAACUGGAGUAAAACGUUUGUGCGCUCCCUUGAUGAUUUACGCAUGGAGAAACGUUCACUUUUUAUGGAUAUAGUCCAUAAACUUUCUGUUUCUUUUUUGGUAUUUCAAAUGAAUUAAUCGAUAUAGUGAUUCUGAACGAAGACUGUUUUCGAUUUUCUGCGCUGGAUCUCCACCACACCUGCUCUUCAUAUAUGGGAGUCUCCUGUUCUCCAAAAUCUCCCGACUGACAUCUGUGAUCGACUGGAGUGAUUGGGAAGACGACUAGCGCUUGAGAUGGACACAGUUUUCAUAUAUUAAUAAUGACCAGCGCUUUGAGAUCGCCAAACUGAUAACUUGGGCUCAGCUGAAAGUCUGAACUGGUGGACGAUGAAGACAGUUUCAUAUUUUCUUGCUGCGUUGAUCAUCUGGAACUCAGCAGCCUGUGUAAGUGGAGAACAAGAACAUUUUCUAGAGCCCUCGGAGUCCCCCUGGACUCUGCAGUGUUUGGCAGAGGAGGAAACGCGGUUACCCUGUCGAUUCGAUGCAUCGAACAGUAAUGUGGUGCAGGUGAUCUGGAUUCGACUAGACUCAAAUGGAGGUGAAGAACAGGUUAUCACUGCUCAUCAGAAAGAUGGCCAGAACGAAAGCCCUGCAUACAGAGGCCGUGCUCGAUUCGCUACCAGCAACCCAAUAGAAGACUCUGCUCUGAUUCUCAUGGGCACACGUUCUGCAGAUGAGGGCAAAUACAUCUGCAAAAUCGCCACCUUCCCCAAUGGAAACUUUCAGACAGAGAUUUUGGUUACAGUGUGGACUAAACCCAUUACGUCCCUGCAGCCGUUCGUCCUGGUUGAGGGUGAGUCGUUCCGUCCGGCCGCUGUAUGCCGUUCGGUGGCUAAGCCGAUGGCAGGCCUCUCCUGGGACACGGAGCUCGCGGGUCAGAGUCAGAACCGUAGCUUAGAUAGUGAAGUGGCCUCCAUCCAGUUUUCUCUCCACCCUCUCCGUAACAUGAACGGGCAGAAGCUGGACUGUCUGGUCUGGCAUCCAUCGCAAAAAGGCCCAGUGAGGAUCUCCAAUAACCUUGUAGUACACUACCCUCCGAAUGCACUGAUAUCUGGCUAUGAGGACGACUGGUAUGCCGAAAUGCAAGAAGCCACGCUGCAGUGCAGCGGUCAAGGAAAUCCUGAACCUCAGAGAUUCAGCUGGAUGAGGAAAGAUGAAGCUCUACCCGAAGGUGUGACUAUGGAAGGAGGCACUCUGCGCUUUUCCAGACCCCUGAGCUUGACCGAUCAAGGAGUUUAUGUCUGUACCGCCACCAAUGAGGUGGGAUCUGGAAAAGCUGAGAUUCUAAUAAAUAUAUCAGACUUGCCUCCGAAAAAAGCAUCUGUGAACUAUGUGAUGAUGAUUAUUAUCGCUGGUGUCGCUGCAGUGAUUGUUCUCACUCUUAUCAUAGUGAUCAUUUCAGUGAAGCGCUACUAUAAGCGCAAAAAUCAACAACUGGCUAUAGAGCUGGUUGCAAAAAAGGAGGAAAUCAGCACUCUGUCAAGACAAGCCUCAAUUAGGAGAGUCAACUCAGGAAGCAACAGAUACUCAGAUGAUAAUAAUCCUUUGAGAGCUGAAGGGACGAUACGCACAAGUCUCUCUUCACUGGAUCGUCCUCGCUCCAGGGACAGUCGGUCCACACUGGGAGGGGUGGACUCACUCGGUCGUCCUGCAAUUUAUAACACGUCCAGAAGAGGUCGAGACAAAAUCAUGGACAGAACUGAAAAAGAAACUCGGCUGAUGAUGGAGUCUUAUGAGCAGGACAGUAACUUGUCACAGGAAACCCAACUUCUCCCUCCUCUCCACCCCUCUUCUUAUUCAAUGGAGCAGGCUGUUGAAAUUGUGCGGUCUCGGAACGGCAGCGCCAUUCUCCCAGCGGAGGGGAGGCCGCAGUCAGGAGGAAGUACCAGAGGGGGCAGCAGAGGGCAUAAUUCGCCCUUAGUAUCCAUGUACCCGACUCUUACAGAUGAGGAAGAGGAAGAUUCUGUCAGUCCUACGGAUUCAGGAGUCCACAGAGGUUUAAUGGAGCCUGAUGGAUUUGAGAACGGUGGCAGCGAUAUAUCUGAGGCGCUAUCCAGUCAUUUUGAGCGCACUAAUGGCAUACUGUGGCCCAAGUCGAAACCCAAUAACACCCUGCUCCCGGCCAAGACAAAACUUUUCCUGCCGCAUAGCCCAACUAUCCACAAAGCUCAGAUCGUUUAGAGCAUUUAUAUGGAAACAUGGUUUAUAUUACAACAUAAGGGUGCGUUCCUUUGUAAUUUCACUCGACAAAAUACUGUGUUUGGACAACCAACCCAAAAAUGUAUCUUUUGUAUGAAUUUUAUAUGAUUACAUUCUCAAGGUGGCAAAACCAUGGACCGAAUGACUAUCAGGCCAUAGUCUGAACUCAAAGCUGAAAAAUAGUACCAGAGGUACUAAAACAGUACCUCAAAUAAUUGUGUAAUCCGGAACUGGGACGCUUGAGUAUUAUGGGUCACAGCAUGUGUUUCAGAUGCAGAUUAACUGGAAUUGGCCAGAGCUAAGCUCCUCUGUGUGACCAACAAUGGAAUUAAGAUCUUUUUUUAUUUUUAUUAUUGUCAUCGCAACCUACGGCUUCACUUGAAUUGGUGUUGAGGGAGACAAUACUACAUGAACUGGUUUUCUGGUCAGUUAAUCCUUCACUGUGACCUUUUGACCUUGAUGUCUGUAAUCCAGAGAUCUACAAAUGUUUUGAUAUAUAUAUAUUUUGAAUAUAUGUGUGUUUUAUGUAUUUUGACAGGAAACUACCCACUGCAUGAAUUGUAUUAUGAAGUAUUGCAUUACCUUGUUUUGAAAAUGGCUCCUGCAUGUUCACAGAAUGUCAUUGUAGGUGUGACACUGUCAUUGUUUACAACAUUUAUACUUCAUACUUCAUUAUGUACUAGUGCUUUAAAUGCAUUUUGUUUUAAUAAGUGGGCAGUUUUACCGCAAGCUCCUGAGAUAUUCUUUUGAACUUUCUGUCUAACAAAAUAUAAAGCCUUGGUCUCCUGAUGGUAACUUUGGAGUAUUCAGUUCACUGCAGUGCAUGGGGGUUAUUAAAUCAACCCUAAUUAUACUGCUAAUGUUAGAUGAAUUUUAAAAAACACAAUGUUGAAUCAGGACAUUAUUGUUCGGUGCUUUACAGCCUAAAUUUAAAGGUGUGUUACCUGUUGAAAAAAAAGGAAUAAUUAACACUAAAAUGCUACAGUAAAGCUGGGAAUACUGUGAAAGUAGCAACCACUGUCAAAAAUAAAUAAGAAUGAAUUAAUGGAA